AUGGAGGAAGACAAUUCUUGGGUGUUCGAUUCGUUGGUGACUUUUCUUAACGGUCCAAUAUGGAACGCACCGUUGCAAACGUUCAUCGAAGAAAAAUCUUUAAUAUUCGAGCCCAACGCAGAAGAUAAUGAGGACUACCAUAAAAUCUUUGACGAGUUUAAAAACUUGGUUGAUUUUAUGCUUGGUAGUUUCAUGGAAGACAUCGGUAUAACUUCCGAACAAUUUGAAAAUGCUUGUAAAGAAAGUAAAAGGUAUCAGGUGGCUUUCGAUCCUAAUUCCUUUGAACAAGUUUGGGCGGCGAACGAUUAUGAAAUGUUUAAAAAAAUGAUGACUCAAAGGAACGUGGAACUGCAAUUGCAAGCGUUGGAGUUGAUAGAGAAGAAAUACGGAAUAACUCCUCAAUCGUUCGUUCCCAAAGACAGAAACGAAAACGAAAAUAUCCGGCAAAUUCCAGUUACUAUUGAAAAGCCUUCCUCUUCCGCUUUAGAGAAGGAUGUUAUGGAAGAAGUCACGAAGAAUUUUUCUAAUGCAUCUGAGGAACUUCCUUCAGCUCCCAUGAAGGUUGAAAAUAUUUUGGAAGAAAAACAAAUUUUGGAGAAAAGUUUAGAAGCAACUAAAGAAAAACGUAUAAAACCGUCAGUAUCUUUUGAAGAACCCCAAAAAACACCAGAAAUAGUCAAAAUUAGCGCCCCAGAAGUUAAAAAAGACGAAGAUGGGAAGAAAGAUAACGAUUCGAAGAAAAAAGAGGUGGACGCUAUUGAACUGAAAAAACGCCAAGAAUAUCUGCGAGCCCAGCGCGACAAACUCGUAGCUUUAAAGAAAGAGGUCAGACGCAAACAGCUCGACGACUCCUCCACCACCUCGUCGACCUCCAAGUCUUCGGCGAGGCCGAAAUCUGCUAAAAACGCCGAAGCUGUUUUGACAGGGGAAAAACCCAACGCGGAGCCGCAUCAGCUGCAGCUGCGCAAAACGUUGGCGGAAAGGCUCAGAGCCGAGGUCGUGGCUUCGAAGGAGUAA